AUGGAGAGAAGUUGUUUCCUCUUGUCAAUCACCUUCUUGCUGGUGCUGCAGCUGCAGUACAGUUCUAUAGGCAUGCCCCAUGAAUUGUCUUAUUUGCGUCGCCUCAAGUUUAUUAGCUUCAAAUUCAACAAUUUUAUGGGAUAUAUUCCAUCGUGGUUUGGGUCCUUCCCCAAACUUGAAGGCUUUUAUUUGUAUGGUAAUCAGUUUUCAGGUACCAUACCUGCAACUAUCUUCAACUUAUCUACAUUGCAAGACAUAGAUCUAAGCUAUAACAAACUAUCAGGUGCAAUACCUAGAGAAAUAGGGAACUUAACAAUGUUGAAGACGAUAAAUCUUGACUCCAACAAUUUCAAUGAAAUUCCAAAAGAGAUCGGCUUUUUACAUCAGCUGGAGAGGUUGUAUGUGCAAUUUAAUGUCCUAAAAGGCCCUGUUCCUAUGGUUGUUUUCAACAUGUCUUCUUUGACUACGUUGACUCUAUAUGAAAACAGCUUGAGUGGUGGUCUUCCAGACAGUAUAUGCCAACAUCUUCCUAGUCUUCAACGCUUGAGUUUGGGUCGCAACCAGUUUGAUGGUCCACUUCCAUCCAAAUUAUGGCAAUGCAGAGAGCUUCUUAUACUAUAUUUGAGUCAAAACAAUUUCAGUGGAAGCAUACCAAAGAAUAUUGGGAACUUAACAAUGAUGAAGGAGAUAUCCCUUGGCUACAACAAUUUGACGGGCACUAUUCCAUGGUCCUCAAUAUUCAAUAUCUCCACCAUCACACGGCUGUCGCUUUCUUUUAAUCAGCUAUCUGGUAGCCUCCCAGCAAACAUGGGUCUUGGGCUUCCAAACCUACAAGAACUCUAUCUUAAUGCAGCUGGUCUCAGCGGAGUACUCCCGAACCUCUCCAAUGCUUCUAUGCUCACGCGGCUUGGGUUGGCGCGAAACUCAUUUACAGGGUUUAUUCCUAGCACGCUAUGUGCCUUAACAAACCUUCAGCGGCUUAACUUAGCCUCAAAUAAUUUGACGAUUGAUACUUCCACUAUCUCUUGUUUGGUUAAUCUUGGAAAUUUGACAUUUUUAGCCUUGUCAGCUAAUCCGUUAAAUGCGAGACUUGAUGAUUCCUUUCGGAAUUUCUCUACAUCAUCGCUUCAAUAUCUUUCUUUAUUCAAUUGCAACAUGAGGGGUAACAUUCCCAUUGGUAUUGGCAACUUGAGCAGCUUGGUAAUGUUAUCCAUGGGAGGCAAUCAAUUGAGUGGAUCAAUUCCAACUUCACUGGGAAGACUUCGGAAUCUCCAAGUAAUCAGCUCUCUGGUUCUGUACCUUCUUGCUUGGGAAAUCUAA